AGCCCGCAGGCAUUUUCCAGCACUGCACGAAAAAGCCCCGCCCUGUCCAGCAAGUGCGACUCGCCAUGGCAGCCGAACUGAAGGCUGAGAUUGAGGCGCUCGUUGCAAAGAUCUCUGACAAGUCAGAAGGUCAAUCUGCUCUUGAGGGCUUGGCCAAGAUCGCUGAGGAGAAAGGCCGGCCGGCCGAGCCCUUCCUGGUGUCCGCCUUUCCAAAGAUCCUGGAGGCUUCCAAUGAUAAGUCCAAGAACGUGAAAGAUGCAGCUGUGGCCACCAGCAAGACCAUCAUGGGUAUGGUCUCGCCCUUCGCAGUGGAGAUGCUGCUGCCAGCCUUCUUGAACGGCUUGGCAGUGAAGGCUAAACCACCACAGAAGGAGGCCACCUUGCAGAUCAUCUCUGCCUUGGCUCAGAAGGCACCUCGAGCCGUUGGCUACUUGCUGGUGAAUUUGGUGAGCCCAGUGGCUGACCUGACGUGUGACAUCAAGAAGGAAGUGAAGCAAGCAGCCCUGGAAUGCAUGACUUCCAUUUGCAACUGCACUGGUAACAAGGACUUGGAGCCUUUUCUGCCAGCAGUGGUGGAUGCUGCUUCCUCCAUCGACAAGACUCACAGCUGCGUGGAGAAGUUGGCAGGAUGCAUCUUCGUGCAGAACGUGGAGGCGCCUGCCCUGGCGGUCACCAUGCCAGUGCUCACACGAGGCUUAAACGACAAGAAUGAGGAGGUGAAGCGCACCUGCUGUCAGAUCGUUGACAACAUGUGCAAGUUGGUGGAGGAUCCUGCAGAGGUGCUGCCCUUGAUGCCCAAGCUGGAGCCUUUGGUGAAGAAUGUGUGUGAGAAGAUUUCCGACCCCGAAGCCCGAGGAGUGGCUGAGAAGGCCUACAAGACCUUGCAGAAGGCGGCUGGAGAGGGAGCUGAAUCCAUUCAACAGGUCUCCAUGGAAGCCGCUAAGAAGCAGGUCGAAGAUGCCCUUGGUGACAAGAAGGGCUCGGGAGAGGUCUAUGAGGCUGAGCUGAGCCACGUGUCAGCUCUGGCAGCUUGUGCUGCAAAUAUGCGGGUGUUUGAAGACUCUGCAUGGAAGAAUGAUGUGGGCUACUUGGCCCCCUUCGAUAGUGUCACUGAGCAGCUUCGUGCGAAGAUGGAGGUGGCUGCCAAGCCCAAGGAGGAAGUGGAAGAGGAAGACACCGAGGGUGUAGACCUGUACAAGGGUGCUUUCUCUUUGGCCUACGGAACUUUGACACUGCUGCGGGAUGCCAAGAUGCACGUGAAGAGGAAUCGAUUCUAUGGCCUUUUGGGCCCGAACCAGUGCGGCAAGACCACGCUCAUGCGUGCCAUCGCCAAUGAACAGUUGGAGGGCUUCCCAAAGCGAGAUGAGCUGAAGAGCGUCUUUGUGGAGCAUGAGAUUGAGGAUGAGGAGGUGGGUGUGCAGGAUGAUGGAUUUCCCAUCCUCUCAGUGGACAAGCCGGGUUGGUGGUGGGUGGUUCACACCUGCAACGACGUUUACAAGCUGGAGCCUCCGGUGAAGGAAGACACCGUGAAGGAGCUGAUGAAGUCCAUUGGUUUCGGCUACCCAGGCGGCCCAGAUCGUGCUGCCAACCUGGAGCUGCCUGUGACAUCCUACUCAGGGGGCUGGAAGAUGAAGAUGCAGCUGUGCGCUGCUCAGCUGAUGAAUGCAGAUGUCUUGAUGUUGGAUGAGCCCACGGGUCACUUGGAUGUGGACAACAUCAAGUGGUUGGAAGAUUGGUUGGAGUCCUUCUCGGGUUCCAUCAUUUGCACUUCUCACUUCAGCCCCUUCCUGGACAAGAUGUGCACACACAUUAUCGAUUUCCAGGACAGAAAGCUCAAGACCUUCAAGGGGGUGAAGGGAACUUGCUUGACUCAGUUCGUGGAGAAGUACCCUGAGAAGAAGGCAUACUUUGAGAUCAGCAACGAGACCAUGAAGUUUGUUUUUCCAGAGCCCGGCCCCUUGGAAGGCGUGAAGAGCCGCAGCAAGGUCAUCCUCCGCAUGAACAACGUGAGCUUUACCUAUCCUACCAAGGAAAAGCCGACCAUCAUGGACGUAAGCCUCACCGUUUCACAGGUGAGCCGCGUGGCGGUCAUUGGCGCCAAUGGUGCAGGGAAAUCCACUGCUAUCAAGGUCUUGGUGGGAGAGCAGCUGCCAACUGAGGGCUCAAUUUGGAAAGCACAGGGCCUGCGAUUGGCCUACGUGGCUCAGCAUGCCUUCCAUCACUUGGAGAAGCACAUGCAGGAGACCCCUACGGCAUACAUCAUGUGGCGUUUCGCGGGAAACGAUGACCGUGAAUCCUUGGAGUUCAAGACUGAUGAGUUGUCCGUAGAUGAAGAGAAGGCUCGUUCCCAGAAGUGGUGCAUUGACAGCGUCACCGGAAAUGUGCGACGCUGCACGGAUCCCAAGGAGGAUGCCAAAAAAGCUAAGCAGGAUGAAGCUGGGGCCGUUAUUCCCGAUGCCAUCGUGAACAGGCGUCAGAAGAAGAAGGAGAAGACCUUCGAAUACGAGGUGAAGUGGCAGUUCAAGAGCAUGGAUCAGAACGUCUGGGUCGAGAAGGACAUCCUGGUGAAGAUGGGCUACCUCAAGUUGGUGCAACGAGAAGAUGAGCGACAAGCAGCCAUGGCUGGGUUGAUGACGAAGCAAUUGACUCAGCCGGGAGUCGAGAAGCACCUGGCCGACUUCGGAGUGGAUGCUGAGAGUGCCUCUCACACUCAGAUCAACCAGCUUUCAGGUGGCAUGAAGGUGAAAGUGGUCUUGGCUGCAGCCAUGUGGCAAAAUCCCCACGUCUUGAUCUUGGACGAGCCCACCAACUACUUGGACCGUGAGGGUUUGGGAGCGUUGGUCUUGGCCAUCAAGGACUACAAGGGUGGUGUGCUGAUCAUCUCCCACAACAAAGAGUUCUGCGACAAUGUGGCCACUGAGAAGUGGAUCAUGCAAGGUGGGCGCUUGCGCAUUGAAGGUGAGUCUGUGGACACCUCCAAAGAUGACGCAAGUGCCGCGCAAGGUCCAGAUGAGGUCUUUGAUGGAGCAGGGAACAAGAUUGAGGUGAAGAAGAGCAUGACCAUGACUGAGAAGGACAAGAAAAAGGCAAUCAAGGACAUCGAGAAGAAGAUCAAGGAUGGCAAGAAGAAGCAGACCUUGACUGACGAAGAGGUGUGGGAGCUGGAGGACAAGCUGAAUGAGCUGAAGGAAAGCUUGAAGGGCAAGGAGUGAGUGCACUGAGCACAUCUGAGAACUAGAUCUCUAGCCGCUGUGUGCUGUUUUCGGCCACAUGGGCGAUGAUUGUGUCGCUCUGUCGAGGGUCCCUGGUCCCUGACUUGGUGAAAGCUUCUGAAAGCACCAAGAGCUGAAGCUGCGGAACGGGGACACAAAA